GUGAGUGCCCCUUCACCUUGUGGAAUAACACAACAAUUAUAUCAGAAUAGGUACAAGUACAGAUAAGCAAAGAGUGCUCUUUUAAAAUUGAUACAUAAAUAAUCAACUGUUAUAAAAGCGGUUGGUGUAGUUUGCGCUUGUCAUUUGUUGAUGUGCUCUUGUUACGAUGGCGCCACGAGUAGAGAAGGUAUGUGAGCCGGUGUUGCUGGGCGAAGGCCCCCACUGGGACUGCAAGAGGCAGGCUCUGUACUACGUCAGCAUCCAAGAUCACACCAUACACAAGUAUGUGCCGGCCACUAACGAACAUUGCAAGACUAAAUUGGAGGGUCGCGUGGGCUUCAUAGUGCCGGUGGAGGGCAGCGCGGACCAGUUCGUGGUGGGCUUGGAGCGACGGUUCCUCGUCAUACAGUGGGACGGGAAGAAUGGCAGCAAGACUAAGGUGGUGAAGGAGCUAGCGGAGGUGGAACAUGGCCGCAACACGCGCAUCAACGACGCCAAGUGCGACCCGCGGGGGCGCCUGUACGGAGGUACAAUGGGCCACGAAGAGCCGCUAGGCAACAUCGAACCUAACAAAGGCUCUCUCUACCGGCUUGUCGGGACGACUAUCACUCCGCUGGCUGACCGCAUCAGCUGUUCCAACGGACUCGCCUGGGACCUCAAGGAGAAGGCCUUCUACUAUGUCGACUCGUUCGAGCACAAUGUACGCAGAUACGACUAUGAUGUGGAGACUGGCGAUAUUUCCAACAUGAAGCACAUUUUCGACCUCAAAGCCAACAACAUAGAGGGCGCCCCUGAUGGCAUGACCAUAGACACUGACGGAAACCUCUGGGUGGCCGUAUUCAACGGAUCCUGCGUUCUACACAUCAACCCUAAAACUGGGAAACUGCUACAGAAGAUUGCCUUACCAGCUAAACAAAUAACGUCCGUAAUUUUUGGUGGUAAGGAUUUGGAUGUGUUGUAUGUUACGUCGGCGAAGUUGACGAUAACUGAAGAACAGAAGCCGCCCUGUGGAGCCUGCUUUGCUGUUACUGGUUUGGGCGUCAAAGGGUUGCCGAAUGCUGGCUUUAAACUAUGAAAGUGUUUGGUUAUAGUAAAAAUAAUUGCCUUUAUUUAUCUAUGGACUAUUGCUAUAAAGUGUAUAUUUAAAUGAAUUAUAAAGUGUCACAAAAUAUAGUUAUUACGUGUUGAUAAUAUA